UUAGAUACAACUGGACAAGCUUUCACAGGGUUAUGGGCUGCUGAAGCUGCUGCACCGAGGAACCAGCAUUUUGGUUUAUUGCAGUUUUUGGGUAGUGCAAGGAACUUUUAUUCAAGCAAAAUGUCUGACAGAAGCCCCUUUGAGACUGACAUGUUCACCCUUACCCGGUAUGUCAUGGAAAAGGGACGACAGGCCAAGGGUACAGGGGAGCUGACACAACUGCUAAACUCCAUGCUGACUGCGAUAAAGGCCAUUUCAUCUGCUGUGAGGAAGGCUGGAAUUGCACACAUGUAUGGCAUUGCUGGAAGUGUCAAUGUGACUGGGGAUGAGGUGAAGAAACUGGAUGUGCUAUCCAAUGAUCUUGUGAUUAAUAUGCUGAAAUCCUCAUAUUCUACAUGUGCUAUGGUUUCUGAAGAAAACAAGGAAGUUAUUAUAACUCCAAAAGAUAUGAGGGGGAAAUACAUUGUUUGCUUUGAUCCCCUUGAUGGUUCAUCCAACAUUGACUGCUUAGCAUCAAUUGGGACAAUAUUUGCUAUUUACCGAAAGACAACAGAAACAGAACCCUGCGAGGAAGAUGCCCUACAACCUGGACGUAACAUUGUAGCAGCUGGCUAUGCGCUAUAUGGAAGUGCAACACUUGUAGCACUGUCUACUGGUCAAGGAGUGGACUGCUUCAUGUUGGAUCCUGCUCUGGGAGAAUUUAUUUUAGUUGAGAAAAAUGUGACAAUAAAAAAGAAGGGCAAGAUUUACAGUCUCAAUGAGGGAUAUGCCAAAUACUUUGAUCCGGUAUUAACAGAAUAUUUACAAAACAAGAAGUUUCCUCCGGAUGGAAGCUCUCCAUAUAGCUCCAGAUAUGUUGGCUCCAUGGUUGCAGAUGUUCACAGGACUUUAGUGUAUGGUGGGAUCUUCAUGUACCCAGCCAAUGAGAAGAGCCCUAAAGGAAAGCUCCGCCUUUUGUACGAGUGUAAUCCAAUGGCCUUUAUCAUUGAGCAGGCAGCGGCGGAAUGGCGACGACUGGAACCCAGCCAGUGCUGGAUGUACAGCCGGAGACGAUUCACCAGAGGGUACCGCUAUUUCUUGGCUCUCCAGAUGAUGUACAAGAGUACUUGGCCUGUGUGAAGAAACACCAGAAGAGCAGCUAA